GACGUCGAGCUCAUCGCCGUGGACUACCCUGGGAGGAACAAGCUGCUCAAGGAGAAGCCACACACGUCCAUCGAGACGCUCGCCCCAGACCUCCUGGCGAAGGUUACGGCAAAUAUGGCGAAGCAGGCGGUGCAGGAGGUGAAGGCAACUCUGUACGACAAGGUGGCCGACGGUGUCCCCUACGUGGUAUGGGGGCACUCCGUGGGCACCUGGGUCGCCUUCGAGUUCAUGAUCUUGGCGCGGAAG